UUUCAUUCUUCGCAUGUGUUGCUGUCAAUCCUCGUAUUCCUACGGUCCACCUGUCAACUAUGUUGCGUUUCAAACUAAGAUCAUUUCCCGGGCGAUCACUUCAUAAGGCUAUCCAAACCAGCCUAUCCGGAGCCAGCUGUCGCUUCUCCUCAAACCCCGAAUACCCGGAUGCCGAUGUCGUAGUAACCGGCGCAGGCAUAGCCGGCGUAACAGCAAGCAUCGCCGCAGCCGAGAAAGGCGCAUCAGUCGUCCUACUCGAUGAUGCCCACGGCGGGGGCGCAUCAGCUCUAUCCGGCGGCGUCGUCUACGCCGGCGGAGGCACCUCGCACCAAAAGGCCGUCGGAUACGGCGACGACACGCCAGAUAAUAUGUUCCAGUACCUGAAAGCAGAAACGCGCGACGCCGUCGACGAAGAAACACUCCGCCGGUUCUGCAACGAGAGCGUUUCGCGCAUCGAAUGGCUAGAGUCGCACGGCGUGAAAUUCGAAGCGUCGCUGUGUCCGCAUAAAACGAGCUUCCCAACGGACAAACACUAUCUGAUUUUUUCGGGCAACGAGAAGGUGCAUCCGUUUAAUCAACUCGCGAAACCAGCGCCGAGGGGACAUCGUGCUGUUGGGCGUGGGUUAUCGGGGGAUCAGUUGUGGAAGCCGCUGUUUCGCAGUGCCAUGGAGGCGGGCGUGCGCUUUCUACCGGCGGCCAAGGUCGAUCGUGUACUCGUGAAUGAAGAUGGGUCUGCACGGGGGAUUGAAUUCAAAUGCCUCGACGAAUCGGCUAAUUCCUUCUCUCAACAUCGAAACCUGACUUCGGUUGGGAAGACAGUCCAGCUUGCAGCUCCGCGAAUUGCAGACUGGUUCUUAAACCGGGCAGAUCGUUUAUGGAGUCGAGAUGCCAUACACAGAUCUAUCAAUGCCCCUGCGGUGAUUCUGGCCGCGGGUGGGUUUACAUUCAACGAGGAUAUGCGACAGAAAUACCUCCCAGAAUAUUCACAGGUUGCACCGCUCGGGACAAGAGGCGAUGACGGGUCCGGUAUACACUUGGGCCAGUCCGUCGGCGGCUCAGUAGACAAAAUGGAGAACAUGUCUGGGUGGCGAUUCCUGUAUCCCCCGACAGCCCUGAUCGAAGGCGUGAUUGUCUCGCAGACCGGUCAGCGCUUCAUAUGCGAGGACAUCUACGGCGCGUUCCUAACUGACAGGAUGAUCAGAGACCACAACGGCAGGGCAUAUCUCAUUCUGGACUCGACGCAGCGAGAUAAAGCACUGCAGCAGCUGCGUGAACAGACGCGGCCGGAGUUCUGCAUUCCACGGCUUCAUUCAUUGAAAUGGGACCAUGUCAAGGCUUCUUCUCUUCCGGAUCUUGCGACUAAGCUGGGUCUUCCUGCUGCUCCCCUUCAUCAGACUAUCGCUUCAUACAAUGAUGCAAUCGCGGAAGGAGCACCAGAUCCGAUGAACAAACAUCCCGAAUUCUGCUCCCCUGUUGCUAAGCCACCAUUCUACGCACUGGAUAUUUCCCCUCGACGAACCGGGCUCCAUGUUGUCCAUGGACUUACACUCGGAGGCCUGCGGGUGGACGGCAAAUCCGGAUUAGUUCUGCGAGGGGAUAAUACGGUAAUCGGUGGCUUGUAUGCUGCGGGGAGAACUGCUGUUGGUAUUUGUUCGAAUGGCUAUGUGAGCGGGCUCUCUCUUGCCGAUUCGGUGUUUGCUGGCAUCAGGGCUGGUGAGCAUGCUGCUACUUUAUCCAAAUCCUAGUCAAUGCAAUACUGCCUUUAUUGAUUGCAGGAAAGUAAGCCUAACAUUAGUGACCUAACGAGAUGCUAUAUCUGAGCCUACUCGUAGCAGUGAUAGUCACUAUAUCGAAAUUAGCAAAAUAUACCAAAGCCAGACAGAGAACUUACUCAGAAACCUCCCACCCCACACACUUCCAACAAUCAAAGAACCGCCCCGGAUCAUACCUCCUCUUCACCUCCAAAAGCCUCGGAUAAUUCUCCCCAAAGAACGUCUCCUCCCACUCCGGCUCCAAAUAAUGCGCCUCAUUCACAUAAGAUCCACCCCCGGGCGUCAAUUCCUUCAACGGCUGCACAGUCCCCAACCACGCCUCCUGCAGCUUCGCCUCUUGCUCUUGGGCAAGCUUCGUCGGCCAGCCACCC